GCGCCGUGCCCUUCCGCUGUCUCUCAGCUCUGCAAGAUGGCGGCGUGCAGGGGGUGGCGGUUGAUGUGGCCCGGCCGCCGCUGGUUCUCUCAGGACCCGUCCGUCCCGCCGCCCGCCCCCGCUCCCGCCCCGCUCUACCCCCCCAUCGUGGCGUCCCACACGGCGAAGAGUAAGGCGGCUAAACGGCGCCGCCUGGAGCUCUUCUACCAGCAGGUGCACGAGGCUGCCACUAUCGAGGAAAAGCUGCGGCUGUACGGGAAGCUGCAGCGCCCCAAGUACAUGGUUUACCCGCAGACCUUCGCCCUCAACGCCGACCGCUGGUACCGGAGCUUCACCAAGACCGCCUUCGUGCCGGGGCUGCCGCCCGCACCGCCGCCAGCGGCCGCGAAAGCACCCGAGGCUCGGGCGGGGUCCGCGGAGGCCUUGCAGCAGGGAACCACAGCGGAGGCCUUGCAGCAGGGAACCACAGCGGAGGCCUUGCAGCAGGGAACCACAGCGGAGGCCUUGCAGCAGGGAACCACAGCGGCUUCGGGGCCGGGAGCGGCGGCACCGGGGGCUGGAGGUUCGAUGGAGCCCCCGGCCGAAGCGGCAGCAGAGCUGGACAUGGGAGCGCUGCGGGACCUCGCGUGCGACGCGCUCCUGCAGGAAAGCUUCUACCAGAACAAGAAGCGGCCGUUCCUCUACCGGGACCAGGACCACACGCCCGCGCCUUUCCUCACACAGCUUGUUUCCUCUCUUGCCGCUUUUCUGUGCAAGCGCAACCCGCUGUUGGCUGCCUCCUCUAUGGACCUAAACCCCGAGGUUAACUAUUACUGGCAUCAUGGCGAGGAAGUUGUUGUUCAUGGACAUCGAAAAGGUAGAGUCGAUCCUGUGCGAUUUCAGAUAGAUGAUAAGCCUCACCUCCAGAUCCGUGUACCAAAGCAGCUUCCAGAGAUUGUACCACUGGAGUCAGAUCUUGGAGAUGUUCCAGUUAUUGAUCACAAACCAUCCAAACUGCCAUUGUUCAAAAAACAGUAUGAAAACAAGGUAUUUAUAGGAUCAAAGGUAGCAGAUCCAUGCUGCUAUGGCCACACCCAGUUUCAUCUUAUUCCUGAUAAACUGAAAAGGCAGAGGUUUAUAGUAGCAAAUCUUGAGGAUCAGAUUGAAGUUGUUUAUCGAGCUAAUGGCAUUGCAAGUCUCUUUGCUUGGACAGCAGCUCAAGCAAUGUAUCAAGGGUUCUGGAAUGAAGCAGAUGUGACUCGUCCUUUUGUAUCACAGGCUGUAGUGACAGAUGGAAAAUACUUCGCUUUCUUUUGUUACCAGUUAAAUACUUUAGCAUUAACUGCAGAAACAAUUCAGAAAAGCUCUCGGAAGAAUAUCUGCUGGGGAACUGACAGUAAGCCGUUAUAUGAUGUCGUUGAAGAUGGUAGUGUGAAAGGCUUUAAUGAUGAAGUUCUUCUUCAGUUGGUUGGUUUCCUGUUAAAUAGACCAAAAGAGUUAUAAAACUAUAUCCCUGUUCACAUACCUGAACUUCUAACUCUAAAGUAUGGGCUAGAAUAUACCAUUCUUAGCCAAAUAUGUUUAGCAAACACAAUAUACAGACUUCAUUAUGUUUGGGACAUAUUACAUGCUUUUAAAUGUAUUAUACUGUACAAUGAAAAAAUGUCUAGAAUACAUUUGUCUCUUGUACAACAACUAUUAAAAGCAUAUUGUAUUCAAAGUCACAAGAA